AUGCUCCAUAGUCAUAUCGUCCUGUCGUUAGGCUGUGAGAUCGCCGAUCAGGGCUGUAGCUGGAGUUUGUUUGUAGAUGUCCAGACAACAGAGUGUGUGGAACAGCUGUCGCUCCCAGAUCGAGUGCUUUGUCUUCAUAAUCGUUGGAAAAUUCUCUAUGCCGGUCUUGCCAAUGGCUCUGUGAUCACCUGCAGUCUUAGGAACAACAAGCAGCUGGAUGUGUUCGAGUGCCACGGCCCGCGGGCUGUUAGUUGCCUGGCGACGGCUCAGGAAGGGGCUCGACGUAUCCUGCUGGUCGGCUCUUAUGACGCCACCAUCACCGUUAGAGAUGCUAAGAGUGGCCUGCUGCUGCGAACGCUGGAGGGCCACAGCAAAACUGUGCUCUGCAUGAAGGUGGUGAAUGAUUUGGUGUUCAGUGGCUCAAGUGAUCAGUCUGUACAUGCUCAUAAUAUUCAUACAGGAGAAUUGGUGAGGAUCUAUAAGGGUCACAGUCAUGCCGUCACUGUGGUGGCCAUACUGGGAAAGGUGAUGGUCACAGCAUGCCUGGACAAACUGGUCCGUGUGUACGAGCUCCAGUCUCAUGACAGACUUCAAGUAUAUGGUGGACAUUCAGACAUGGUGAUGUGUAUGGUCAUCCACAAGAGCAUGAUCUACACAGGCUGCUAUGAUGGGAGCGUGAGAGCUGUCAGAUUGAACCUGAUUCAGAACUACCGCUGCUGGUGGUACGGUUGUACGCUGAUCUUUGGCGUGAUGGAGCACCUGCAGCAGCACCUGCUGAACGACCACACCAGCCCAGCACAGCAAGCAUUCAAAUGCCGCUGGAGGAACUGCGACACCUUCUUCACCACCCGCAACGGCUCCAGACAGAGGAGGAGUAAUGAUGUGUGAAGUUUCCAGAGCUGGUGUUCAGUGUGGGCUGAGGUACAGUGAAAGAGGUAACAGUAGUCUGGCACAUUGAGUGUUGAGGUAAGAGCUGGUAGUUCUGGUCCUUGCCGAGUCCGGGCUC